CUGUUGAUGAAUGAUGCAAGGGCUGGGAUGUGGGUUAGUUGAUCUCUGGAAAAUGAAGAAGUAGUUUUGGACACAACAAGGCAUUGGGAAAGGAAAUCAGGUGGUGUCAUAUACCUGCAAGUGAUUGCUAUGGUGUACAAUGGCAUUCUGCUCCCAAAAUCUGAAAUAAUUGCAGUGGGUAAAACUGUGAGCAAGUACUACCGUUUCCUGUCUAAGAGUGGUGACUGGGUGUGGGUCCAGAGUAAAGCCACCAUCCUCUACAACUCAAAUAGCCAACCGCAAUCCGUCGUCUGCAUCAGUCAACUUAUCAGUGAAGCUGAGGUAAAGCGUUCCUUAGCAUCAGAGAAUAAGAAGGCCAUUGAAUAUGCUGUCCCUGGAGCCAACCUUACCGAGCUAACAGCAACAUCAUCAGGAAGGGACACAAACCAAAGUGGUUUUGCUGGUCAAAAUGGGAGUGUGGACUCCACCCCUGUUAGCAACACCAGAAAGCAGCCAUUGCCCUCCUCUGACAGUCAAUCCAGCACUUCGUCUUUAUCCUCUAGGGAUAGUGAGCCAGAUGCCCAGCCUGUCUUCAAAAAGCCCCGUUUAGACAAAAUGAAUGUGCGCACACAGAGCAUGCUAAUGAGUCCAGAGGUAGACUUUGCAGUUGUGGAUGAUGUGUUCAAAAUUGGAAUGCCACUGGAGGAACCUUUGCCUCCAUUUUGUUCUGACACUGAGACAAACCUGGAAUCCCCUGGUGGGUACCUCAGUGAUGCAAAUUCUGAUAAUUCUAUGGGUUUUGAUGUUCCCAGUGGUAAAAGAAGUUCCAAGCAGCGUGAUAACAAUCCCUAUAUGAGCUAUGACAGUCCUGGCAUCAAUUUUAGUUCAACGUCCACUGGGGAAACUAGUCUCAAUUCCAAUUCCGUGUCAUCGGAUGCAUUUAGCUCAUUUGGACCAUAUCGCAGCUGCACCUCGUCUACUCCAUCACCUACCCUGAACGCUCUGAAUCAAACAAAUUCACAGUUGUAUCUGGCAAAAACUAACACAAUUACUGCCAACACAAGUAGCCAGGAUGACAACCAGCCCUCUGAACUAAGGAGACUGUUACUAGAAGGGCGGCAAAAGAAGAAGCAGAAAAGUGACUCUUCAGUUAGGAAGAGUGAUCAGCAGCUGGAGGCUGAGAAACCGGUGUUAGCAAGUCUUCUGCAGGGAAAGUUGGAUUUGUCCAAAGCACAUAUUCCUGCACCAGUGGUUAAUGAUCAGCCUCGCCAGCAGCAAAAGCAAAAUGAUAUACAUUCCCAGAGGACUGUGCACAGCAGCAUAGGUGAUGGGCUCGGAAAGGAUAAUUUUAACGACUUUGGGAACACUUCAAGUCAAGGCUUUCAGAAUAUCAAUGCUACCAAUCACCCUUCACAAUCUUGGAGCCCUGUUGACAUGUCACUUCUUGACAGUAUGGAGACGUUAUUAGAUCAAGAAAACCUACUAGUUGACUAUUACUACAGUUCUCUAUUGAUGAAUGAUGAAAUUCCUCCAGAGCCUUCCACCACUGGUCAGCAGUGUGUCCAGCAGUCCAGUGAUUCAGCCAGUCCACCCAUGUCCACGCACAGCCUCCAGUCUCCCCAGGGGAGUCUGUUUGGUAGCCCCCAGGGUCCUGCACAACAGAAUUAUGGGAGUUCAAACAGCCCUCUGAUGUCCCCCCAGGGUUGGGCACAGAUGAGCCCAGGGGGGACUGUGAUCUCCAACCAGGUACCAAACGUGAACAUGCAGGUGCCUACCAGUCCGUCAUUACAGCGCAGUUCUAAGUACAGCUCCCAGGGGAGCUGCAGCUCGUCCAGUUCAAGUGUGCACAGUGCCAUGAGCCCCCCUGGGUUACAGACCCUGAGGAGCCCUUACUCCAGUCAGGCGUGCAGCCCCAGCCCCACCCGCUCCAGGCACAGCACAGGGGGCGGCAGCCUCAGCGAGGAGAUCUGUGAUGAGAUCUUUGCUGGUUCUAGCCCCCCUUCUGUCCCCCACAUUGUAGCCCCAGCAGGGAGGCCCCUGCAGGGGAGUUCUGGCCAGGUGGUGGAUAUUAACUUUGGUGAUCCUCUGUUGUCCGAUACUAGCUUGCAUGGACAGGAGAGUCAGGAGUCGUUUGAAUCUGAUGUGAUGGCUUUUGAGGAACUGUUACGCUCAUCAAGUCCUCAUAGUCAGGCUAGUUCAGCUUGUGAAGGGGUUGAGGAGGUGGUAAGAGGUUUCAUCAACUCUCCUUGGAGCCAAGAAAAUCCCGACAAACUUAUCAUCAAUUCUGUUAAUGGGCCCUCCUUGAAGAAGCUUCUGCACUGUUAAGUGAAAUUCAAAGGCAAGAAGAGCAGACAGCAAACUAUUGGAAUGCAUAUAAUAAAAGGUGACAAAAAUGUGUAAGGGACAUCAAGAAAAAUGUUGAUUACCCAACAGGAAUACUCAUUGAAGACCACAGAUUUGACUUGUACAUAAUAAAUUUUGAAAAAAAAAAA